AUUCAGUCAUAUUUCAAAAAAAAAUACGUGUUCGUGUUAAGAAUUAUUAAAGAAUAAAAGCAAAAAUGAUAUACGAUGCUCUGUUAGUUUUGUGGGAUUGCUCUCAAACUAAUGCACCUCAGCCGGUACCUCAUACCUAUGCUAAUGAAGGAGACGCUGAAAUUUACAACAGAAUCUAUUCCAUAGCUAAGAGCCAUCAUAAAAUUCAAAACUUUGUUUUGGGAACAGCAUUUCAUUCCAGAAAAUCACAAACAGCUGCUGGACAUAAGUCUUAUGGAUUAUAUGGACAAGCAUUAAGUGAAGGUAUAUCUGAAGUUCUGCAGUCAUACAAGAAAACUUUAAAGGAAGUUGAGGAGCUUAUUAUUGGAAAUCCAAAUUAUACAUUAUCUCUGCUCUAUAGUUAUGUUGAGAAGUUCCAAGGCUUAUUUAAUACAUUAAAUAGAAUUAUUAAUGUAAUAAAAGAAAGGAGAUUGAUGGGAUGCCAGAUUCUAAGCCUCAUACAUCAAUAUAUUUUAAAUGGCAAUAAAAUGGUGCAUGAAGCUAUUGUACAAAUAUUCUGCUGCAUUAACACGGUUUUUAUAAAUCAACUGUGUACUUGGCUGCUUUAUGGAGAAUUGAGAGAUCCUUACCAGGAGUUCUUCAUAUAUCAAAUGAAGAAAAAUGAUGCAUCUGAUACAUUUAUUUCAACUCCAUCAUCAACGAAUACCUGUGAUAAGUCGCUUGUAUCAACGCUACAACAAACACCAUUAGAUUGUGGGUAUAAUUUAAAUCCUAACAUGAUACCAUAUUUUAUACCACUAUCCUUGGCACAAGAGAUAUUAUUUAUUGGUAAAACUGUCAUUCUGUUUGGCUUUGAUCCUAAGAAAAUUAAGAAGAGUAAUAGUUUUACAGUAAAUAGGCCAAUGUUAACUUUACAGAAGAUUGAUGCUGAUUCAAGAAGAUUUACAAUUUGGGAAGAGAAAGAAGCAGAAUUUCAUGAGAAACUGCAAAAACUUAAAACUCUUGAGGAGUUUGAGGUCCAUAACUUGAGGAGUGUAGUUAGAGAAAUAAAAGAAUGUGUUACAAAGCAUUUAUGGGCUGUAGCGGUAGAAGAAGCACAGCUUUUACACGAACUACGUCUCAUGAAAGAUUUCUACCUUAUUGGUCGUGGGGAAUUAUUUCUAGAAUUGCUUCGUCUUACGGCACCUAUGCUCGACAAACCUACCACACGAACAUCUACUAGAGAUAUGAACCACGCAUUCCAGUUAGCAGCUCGGGCCGUGUUCCUUAGCAACAGCGCUGAUAUAGAAAAGUUCAGUUUUGAGCUACCGUACGUGAAGCCUAAUAUAUCAGCGAACUCGUCCGUUGAAGAUGACAGCAGCACUGUUGCUGAUGGUUGGUCGAGUAUAAUUUUAAAGUACGACUUCAAGUGGCCACUACAUCUUUUAUUUGCACCGGAAGUGCUCGCUCGGUACAACGACAUGUUCAGACUCCUCCUAAGGAUAAAGAAGACUCAACACGACUUACAUGCACUCUGGAAGACAUAUAAACAAUCUACCAGAUUCACCAUGUGUCAAUUACAUAACAAAUUGAUGUUUCUAAUGGACAAUCUCCAACAUUACCUCCAAGCUGACGUGUUAGAGACUAACUUCUCUCGCCUCAUGGAAGCAGUUAACAAAACCAACGAUUUCGAGAAAUUAAAGAAAGCGCACGCCACGUUCUUAGCCGAUAUAUUAAGUCAAUCUUUUUUGACGGUAACGUCUGGCGACAACGACUCCGGCGAUACACUGGAUUCCAUAAACAACCCAGUUUUCUGCAACAUUAUGGAAUUGCUAAAGCUUUGUCACUCGUUCUGUAGCAUGAGCGAGUUCGUCUCUGAUAAGGAAGCUGAAAGUUAUUACAUUCGUGGAUAUUCUGAUCGGUUCAACAAACUAGUGAAACAGUUAAUGCAACUUCUAGUAUCACUUCGUGACCGGCCCUGUGGUGUGUACCUCGCUAGACUGUUGAUGAGGCUCGACUAUAACCGCUGGCUCAGUGGAGAGGCUCAGCUCACACAGUCUGUUACUAACAUGCUUAGAUACUAAUAUACUGGUUGUUUACUAACUUGAAGUACCUAAGUAUCUUAAUGUUAUUUAGUAAUUUUAUUUUGUAUAUAUUAUGUGAUAAGACUUUUAUACUGUUUUCCCUUAUAAACUGAAAAAAAGAAAUACAAAAAAAAAACAGAUAUAGCUGUAAAGUCUAAUUAAAUCAUACUUGUCUACAAAUUUUCAAUCAAUGUUUAUAUUUUAUCUUCAAUAUAUAAGUGCGUCAAAUUUUUUAGUGUUUUAAAUACUAACAGGGCCAGAGGCGGCUAAAGAGCGCAGUUGCAGUGCACUCACACUCCAGAUAUGGGAUUUAAAAUUACACAGAUAAUUUUAAAUCCUAUAUUUCUUUAUCAUAAAUACUAUACUUUACUACAUAAAAUCAUUUCUAUUCUACUAUGCCUAUACAACAGUGUAUUAUUAUAUUACGUACAUUAGGCAUUAGGUUGUACGAGUGGAGCACCAGUAAUUGCAUUCCAAUGAAACGAUGGUACGACGGCUUUGGCCACAAGUUAAAGAUUUCCUAUGAGAAAUUAGCCUAAUGUGCGGCGUGCGGGGUGUGCCAAGCGCCGUGGGGAUAAUUUGCCUAAAACUAUGCGCUGUUGCCGUUCUUAUGUAUACAAACUAACGUGUCGGCUUCGUCAGUUAUUUAGCAUUUUUUUUUUUUUAAAUAAGUAAUAGAAAUAAUUUGUGCGCGACAUUUUGUGUCAAAAAUAGAACUAUAUAGUGUAUCUUUUAUUAAAAAGUAUGAAAAGGCUCUCAAAAUGUGCCUCGAACUGAAAUUGUACUUACUAUGUACUUAUUCAAAAAUGUAGUAGAUACGAAAACUAAAUCUUUAACGCGUAUUUUUAAAUCUGAACAAUAUUUAAAAACCCCUUGGUUGUGUGGGUUAAUGCAAUAAAUGAUUUUGUUUUCCGUGUCUGGUGUUUGGAGCUGCUGUCUGCAGUGGUGGUGAAUUUGCAGGACGGAAUGGAUUUUCUAUACAAAUAAAUAAAUGGUAAGCUCUA